AUGGCUCCCUCCCCGCCGAGCGACCACCAAACCACCAACAGCAACGACUGGAUCGCAGCAUGCCAGCCCACCCUCAACCACACAGAAGCUGCCCCCGGAAAAUGUCUCAGCCGCCAGUUCUGCAACCUCAUCCACUCACGCCCAGCACCCACCGACCACGACAUCCACACACUCCAGACACUCCUCGCCAAGCUCAUCAACACCGGCUUCCUCGCCCGGGACAGCCAUCCCAUCCACCCCGAGCACUUCUUCGCCUCGGUCUGGCCCCACCUGCUCGCCACCCUCCGCCGCGACCCCCCACCCGCCGCACCGAGGCUGCUCUGGCGCGCGGCGAUCGCCAGCCUGCCCCGCACCGAGCUCAAGACCCUGCUCGCCGGCCUCCUCCUCCACCUCCAGUCCGCCCUCCCCCCACCCGCCCCCCACGACCCCUUCUCGACCGCCCCGGAGACUGCGGCCGCCGAGCAUGCCGGCGCUGAGAUCCUCGCCUUCCUCCUCGGGCCCUGGGGCGCCAAGAACCGCCGGGGCAGCUGCGACAUCCACGAGCUGCUCACCGAGAUCGUCACGCGCUCCGAGGGAUGGACGGUCCUCACGGCGCGCUGGAUCGCCCGAUGGACCACGCUGGAAGAAAGCACCCCGGCCGCACGUGCCCGCCUGGCCCACGCCGCCCUGGCCGCCUUCGCCAGCGUCAACCAGAUCGCACAGGGCAGCCCGGGCCACCACACCUUCCUGCUCGUCCUGCUCCUCCUCACUGCCGCCCCCAUCGACCCCCACCACCCAACAACAGACCAUCCCAACAUCGCCCUAGACCCCGUCUUCGUCGCCGCCAUCCAACGCUCGCUCGGCUCCCUGCGCACCCAGUUCAGACUCAUGGGCAUGCUCAUGGCCGAGCUCCUCACAGGCUUCUCCCGCCUGCCCGGGGACCCAACACUCGACUUCGGCCACGACUUCCAGAACCACAACGGCGCUCCUGAGGACCGUCUGUGUCUCAACAUCCGCAACCUCGCCCUCGCCUGGCCCGUCGAUCCCCCCGAGACCCGAUGGCGCGAGCUGCUGGCUUCCGUGGCCUCUGCUACCGAUACUCAACAUACCACCGGCCACCAGGAGUCUCGAGACAUCACCCAACGCAGCACCACCUACACAGAUCCCAACGAGCUGCCCUUGUCCGAACUGCGGCUCACCCCACCUGGCAAGCCGCAGAUCGAAGUGAGCAGUGAUCUAGAGGCAUACGCGAUCUCCGACGAGGACCUCCAGACGCUCUACCCCGCCCGUCCGGCCGGAAGGGAGACCAGCCCCGCGGAGCCCGAGCUCGACGUCGCCCAGAUGAAGGACCCCGUGCCUGCGCCCGUCUACCUCGCCCAGCUCGCCGCGUUCCUCAAGGACGGCGACGACGGCGAGAAGGUGCGCGUCGGCCUCGUGCAUGCCGAGCGGCUGAUCCGCCGGAAGGCCGGCUGGGGCUCCGACCUGCACGAGCACGCCAUCGAUCUGACAUACACCCUCCUGAACCUGCACGACACCACGGCGAUGGCCGGCUUCGAGCGGCUGCGCCAACGCGCCCUGCUCGCGCUGGCCGUGAGCGAGCCCUUGCGGGUCGGCCCGUGCAUGCUGGAGCAGCUGUUUUUCCCGCAAUACAGCCUGGUCCAGCGGCUGGGCAUCCUGGACGUCCUUGUGCUUGCAACGCUCGAGCUCGGCGACCCGGCCCGCCUGGCCCAGCUGGCCCCGGCUCACGGCCCGACGGAGGAGCCGUUCAAGACCGUCCAGGCGCCCGCCGUCCACCAGCUCCUCCUGGCCCACCAGUCCUCCCCCGCCCCCGCUCCGGACAGCCACGGCGCUCUCCCGGCCCGGGCCCGCCAGCCGCCCCCGACCAAGCUGAGUGCCCGGCUGGCCGCCCAACGCCGGCUGGCCGCUGCUGCCUCGCCCGCAACCGACGAGCCAUGCCCGCGCGGGGUCGCCGAGCGGACGGAAGUCGAGCAGACGUUCCUGGCCGCCCUCGUCGGCGGCCUAGCCGCCCACCUCGCCCUGCAAGACCCGGCCACGACAGGGGGAUUGGCCGGCGCGGGCACCCGGGCGCUCUCCGAGCCGCUGCUCGUCCGCAAGCUCGUCCACGCCGGCCGUCUGCUCGUCCUGCGUCUCCUCGCCCCCGCCGCCAGAAUGGCCCCCGCGACCGUUGGCCUGCUCCGAGACGCCGUCCGCGUCCUGCUGGCCCUCCUGCGCGUCCUCUGUCGGCCCAUCCCGCCGGAAGAUCUGCAGGGGUCGGUCGACGCGCCGGCCGUCGCCGCCGACGUCGCGCUGCUCUGUCUCCGCAUCCUCCGCGCGCUCGCCUCGGAGAACGCAAGGAGCUUCGAGGCCCUCGCAGCACAGAUCCUCGACCUCUGCUAG